GACUAGAUCAUGGCACUUGUGCGACUUCAGCUCCACCUGUCUCUGGUGCACUUCCUCCCCUCGGACAUAGCUCCACCAACAAAUCUGGACAACGUGUUGGACUGCUUCAGCUCUUGCUUGAGACACCAGCAGUGUGUCUCCCUGAUUUACAGCAGGAACAACAAACAGUGCUACACCUAUCCAGGCAGGCUUGAAGUUCCCUUCUGGGGAACUGACAUCAAUACUGACUUGGACAUUUACAACACCAACAGAGAUGGAUAUGGUUGUCCAAGUCAUCUUGGAUAUGAUUUCAAUUCCACGAUGAAUGUGUGUUUCAAAAUACACGGUGACGUUAAAACGUCGCGCUCUUCGGCUACUAGCAUCUGCGUGUCUGAGGGAGGUCAUCUCAUCAGAAUCAAUUCAAGUGCAAAGGAUGAACUCAUAUUUGUCAUUUGGACAGAUGGAAUUGUUCAUAUCGAUGGCAUGUGUACAGCAGGCGAAGGCUGGAAGUACUCAAAUGGUGACAACGUAACCUACUUCAGAUGGCAGCAAGGUGAACCUAAUAGCGCCUGCGGUGUUGGAUGGGGGGAGUGUUUGGCCUCAGUUUGGUCUGGGUUUCACGACGCUGCAUGUGUCUAUGAACUUCCUUUCAUAUGCGAAAUUGAUAUGUAAAUCAUUGUAAAGUACAGAAAGAUUUAAUUGUCCAGAUGUCAAAUCUAAUGUGAGUUUCAAUCGACACGUUUUUAAUCUGGAGGAUAUACUGUAGGCCUCCAGAGAAAUGACUGUCCAUGGGUAAAAUUAUUUUGGCAUGUGGUGCCCAAUUUGAACAAACAUGAAAUUAGAAAAUGAUUUGACAGAAAACAAGAGACACAUAUUUUGGUUUUGGGCGUGACCAGAAAUCUAAUAAGAUGUUGAUGUAAAGCUGAUUAUCAAAAUAUCACAUUUGUUUUGGGAAGCUCAUCUUAAAGACAAUUUCAGUUCAUAUCGAUGACAUGU